AUGCCUCUCAAGGGCAGCCUAAGCCAGCUCGGCGAAUCGUAUAAUGCAGCCAAAAAGCAAUUUCUAUCCUUGGAACGAAAAUUCGAGCGCGAUCAUGAGUAUCGUGAUUUGUAUCGUGAUUUUGUCAAUGAGUAUCGACGCCUAGGACAUAUGACAAAAGUGUCCGAUCCUAGUGCAUCUCAGUUUUCGUUUUACCUUCCUCACCAUGGUGUUCUGAAGUUGUCCUCGUCUACUACCAAACUUCGAACUGUUUUUAAUGCCAGUGCCAAAACCACCAGUGGUUGCUCGCUAAAUGAUCUUUUGAUGGUUGGCCCAACCAUUCAGUGUGAGCUUAUCUCUAUUUUGUUGCGCUUUCGUAAAUUUCAGUACGUUUUGGCGGCUGAUAUUGAGAAAAUGUAUCGUAUGGUGUGGAUCGAUCCUAGUCAGCGGUGCCUGUUACGAAUCCUGUGGCGUGACAGUCCAGACGGAGAUAUCGAGGUGUACGAGUUGAACACUGUUACAUAUGGGACUUCAACGGCGGCUUUUCUCGCCACUAGGUGCUUGUACCAAUUGGGAAUCGAAGUUGAAGAAGUUUCUCCGUUAGUUGCCAACACAAUAAAGAAUCAUUUUUAUGUCGAUGAUGUGCUUACUGGUGGAGAUACUAUUGAAGACACCCUGAGUUUAGCUAACGAACUUUGUAAAGUUCUAAAAGGUGGUGGUUUUCUUCUUCGCAAGUGGGUGUCAAACGAGCCCUCUAUACUUAAGGAAAUCGAAUCUGCAGAUAACAAUGGAGUAGUUGAUAUUGGUUGCAUGGAAAACAACAAAACAUUGGGUAUGCGUUGGAACGGCGAAGGAGAUAAUUUUUUCUUUUCGGUUGGAAAUCAGUCAAAUUCCAAGGUCACCAAAAGAAUCGUAUUGUCAGAAAUCUCCCAAAUUUUCGACCCUCUUGGUCUCCUUAGUUGUUGCGUAAUCUUGGUAAAGACUUUUCUUCGUGAUCUUUGGUUGGAAAAGUUAGAUUGGGACGAUGCCCUUUCCCAGCAAUUAUAUACAAGAUACUUACAAAUUCGUAAUGAUUUAAGAUUUUUGAACAAUUUGAAAAUUGAUAGGAAAGUCAUUUGUAAGAAUGCAAAGCUUGUAGAGCUUCAUGUAUUUUCGGACGCGUCGUCUUAUGCUUUGGGAAGCUGUGUUUAUAUUCGAACGAUCGAUAAUCAUGGUAAUAUUUUUGUCAAGCUUUUGUGCGGUAAAUCAAAGGUUGCUCCCUUAAAAGUACAGACAGUCCCGCGUCUCGAGCUUAUGGCAGCUGUGUUCGCUGCACGUCUCUGUGAAAAGGUUCGGCAAUCCAUGGAAAUUGAGUUUAAUGGCAUCACAUUUUGGACCGACUCGACGAUAGUUUUGGGCUGGAUAAACACCUCUCCGCAUUUAUUGCAAGUUUUCGUCGCCAAUAGAGUUAAUUCAAUCCAAGAGCUCACAAAUAUUGAAAAUUGGAAACAUGUGCGAACCCAGGACAAUCCAGCUGAUUGUGUGUCACGUGGCGUGAAGCCUCAGGAGUUGUUAGAGUUCGAAAUGUAUUGGUCAGGACCAGAUUGGCUUCGAGAACCCAUAGAAAGCUGGCCUGAGCCUCUUGUAGUGUCCAGAUCUAACGAGUUGCCAGAAUUAAAAAGGGUCGUUUUUGCAAAUACAUCUACGUUAGACACUGAGUUAUAA